CAGGUGCCAGGCAGACGCAGCCAUGUCAAAAACCGACCUGACUUCAACCCAACUGGACCUAGCACACUAUGGGAAUACGAGGAUCUUAUGGUGCAACAUGUUCAAAGCACCAACACCCUUUUCGUCCGUGUUCUGAUUGGGAAGGUCGAGAACUUAGAAAUGUCUUCUCGGAAUCGUUCGGAGCAUCUCAUAGUUCAGAACGAUCCGGGUUGGAGAUGCCGUAGCUAGUGCGUAAAUGCUUUGGCGGCCAUAGCAAAGGAUGAUAAGACUGGCAGGGCUUCAGGGCUAGAUUGGCAGCAAAUGGAACAGACCGCGAGGUCUUACACUGCAGAAAAGACUGCUCAGGGUCGCUUCAGCGACUCAGCGCUCCUAUUGAGACCUAAGGUAACUGAGAAGUUAUUGACGGAUAGAGAGAUAAUGCCU